CCCCUCUACGAAAGAAAAAAGAAAGAAAAGAAAAAAAAGAGAGAGAAAAAAAAGCUUGAGCUCACGCGCACACGCACGCGAGAGGCGGAGACCCCGAAUCGGAGGCGAGGCGGCCGGCGCCGGGCGGAUCGGGGGGCGAGGGGGAUGGGCGGCGGAGGCGAGGCCGGGAGCGGUGACUCGGGGGAACCCGCUCCCCCCGCUGCUGCCGCUGCUGCGGCGGCGGGGGGCGCGUCGCUGCACAUCCGGUGCGCGAACGGGUCCAAGUUCACCGUGCAGGCCGACCUCGCCGCCACCGUGGGGGCGUUCAAGGAGGUGGUGGCCGGGAGCUGCGACGUGCCGGCGGCGCAGCAGCGCCUGAUCUACAAGGGGCGGAUCCUCAAGGACGAGCAAACCCUAGAAAGCUACGGUGUUGAAACGGAUCAUACCAUUCAUAUGGUGCGUGGUGCUGGUCCCCCAGCCGGAUCAGCCGCACCUGCGGCAGCCAGCCCCCAAGCUUCAACUGCUCCUAGCAGCGCCCCAACUGGUGGUCUUGGAAGUUUGUUUCCUGGCCUUGGUGGUACAGGAACUGCUGGUACCAGGCCAGCAGGCCUUUUUGGGUCUGGAUUCCCUGAAUUAGAUCAAAUGCAGCAGCAGUUAAGCCAAAACCCCAACUUAAUGAGGGAAAUAAUGAAUAUGCCAAUGAUGCAGAAUCUCAUGAAUAACCCUGAUUUAAUUCGUAACAUGAUUAUGAACAAUCCUCAAAUGCGUGAUAUCAUCGACCGUAAUCCAGAUCUUGCUCAUGUACUCAAUGACCCAAGUGUUCUCCGCCAGACCCUUGAAGCAGCCAGAAACCCUGAAAUCAUGAGGGAGAUGAUGCGGAACACCGACAGAGCAAUGAGCAACAUUGAGUCUUCUCCUGAAGGGUUUAAUAUGCUCCGGCGCAUGUAUGAAACUGUCCAGGAGCCUUUCCUAAAUGCGACAACAAUGGGUGGGGAAGGCAACACAGCUGCAAACCCAUUUUCAGCUCUUCUUGGAAAUCAGGGUUCUAACCAACCCAGGGAUCCUGCUAGUAAUGCUCCAAAUACUGUUUCAGAGUCCACAACAGGAACCCCUGCUCCAAAUACUAACCCACUUCCAAAUCCUUGGAGCCCCAACACUGGAGGUGCGCAAGGAGCAACACGGGCAGGUCCUACUGGCAAUGCAAGAACCGGUGCCACUGGGGGCCUAGGAGGGCUGGGUUCAGCCGAUUUGAGCAGUUUGUUUGGUGGUCUUGCCGGUAAUACAGGAACUGGUGCCACUGGUGGUCUAGGGGGCUUGGGUUCAGCAGAUUUGGGAAGUUUGCUUGGUGGUUCUCCUGAUUCUUCUUCCCUGAGCCAGAUUUUGCAAAACCCUGCUAUGAUGCAGAUGAUGCAGAAUAUCAUGUCUGAUCCACAGUCCAUGAACCAGUUGCUUAACUUCAACCCAAAUACACGCAACCUCAUGGAAUCAAACACUCAGUUGAGGGAAAUGUUCCAAAAUCCAGAAUUUAUUCGCCAGUUGACAUCCCCGGAAACUUUGCAGCAAUUACUCUCGUUCCAGCAGACACUAUUGUCACAGCUUGGUCAGAAUCAACCUAGGCAGGAUGGUAGUCAAGGAGGCAAUGCCACAGGCAUGCGGGGAAAUGUUAGCGUCGACACCUUAAUGAGCAUGCUUAGUGGGCUUGGUGCUGGAGGUGGCAUAGGUGUGCCCAAUACAUCUAAUGUUCCACCAGAAGAACUGUAUGCAACACAGCUCACUCAGCUCCAGGAGAUGGGUUUCAUCGACACUGCAGAGAACAUCCAGGCGCUGGUAGCCACUGCUGGGAAUGUGAAUGCUGCUGUGGAGCGUCUUCUUGGCAAUCUGGGCCAGUAGCUAAAGCGUACCAGACGCUGCCCAUAACGGCUACCUAUUCACACAUGUGCAAGAGCCAAGAGGUUUUUUAGCCCCUCCAAAGUUCAAAGACAGCGUCUGUGAGUCUCAGGAGAAAAUAAACAAAGAAAUCCACCUCCACCAUUAACUUUCCCAUACAUGGUCGUCAUGCCUUUGUUUUUUUUACCGUGUUGUAUUGACUAUUUGGGUUGAUGUACAUACAUAUGAAAUUAUGGGAUCUUACCGCAUAGAUAUGGCUCUACCUUUGCAA